AUGAACUUUUUUUUUUUUUUUGCAAUCAUUUUCAAAUUUCAUAUCACACCAUAUGGUCUCUGUCAUUAUCGUUUCUCAAAACCACGCGACAAAAUAUUUCGAAGGCAAAUAAGCCAUUGUCAAUUUGAUGGUAUUCGUAAUUUUACAAGAAUAAAUGAUGACAUUACACAACAUAACUAUCAACAUUCUGUUAUUUACAUGCAAAAUACAAAAUCAAAUGCUGAUAUUAUUGAUAUUGAAGCUGAAGAGAAAAUGAUUCUAAAAAGUUUGAUCAUUCCUGACUGGAGCCUAGUUGUGGAAACUCAAGCAAAAAUGAAAAUGACAAAUCGUACCGUUAUUUUUGGCAAACCUUUUUGUUCAACGAAAUUAUUAGCUGAUGAAUGCGCUCAAACUGUAUUCAAAACAAAACGAAUGGGCCGAAAUUGGAAGGAAAUUAAUCAAAAAUUGAAUAUAGGUGUGAAAAAGGAGAAGUCAAAGCUAAAACUAGUGUUAAAAAAAAGCAACAGCGAAUUUCCGGACAAGAAAACGGAUGGUUUAGCGGCAAUUGUGAAUGGUGUAUUAUUCGCAACGGAUCAGGAUUUAUUGGAUGCAAUAAGGGAAUUCCGGAAUAUGCCAAUUAUGUCAGUAUUUGUGGACGCUAUUGGAUUAGCCGGGACAAUGACAGCAUAUACGGUUGGUAAAAACGCUUUUACAACUGAAGCGCCGGAAUUUUUAGAACGUUUCCUGCAAGCACUUUCACAAACCACAAAAAUUGAUAUUGCUAUCAUCAAUGAUCUUAAAAUUUGGAUGAAAAAUACAAACGACAAAUAUUAUGCGAAACAGAUAGCAUUUACUAUUGCAAAUCUUUAUCGUCGCUAUUGUCAAUCAACAAAAAGUCGCAAAUAUGCAUGCAAAAAUGGGAAAAAUGAUGAUAUAAAUGAGUUCACGAAAUCUAUCAUUGCACAGUGCAAGGAUAGCGACUGUCAAAUAAACGCACUGCAAAUUUUUGAAAAUUUACCAUUAUUAAAUUUAUUACCUUAUGCAAUUCAAUUUCUAUGUGUUGCAAAUAAUAGUGAAAACUUAGUUCAACAAGAAGCACUACGAUUUCUUCAACUUUUUGAUGGAAAAUAUUUUCAUUGGAAGACAAUUAACAAAUUACUUCGUAUCUUUUAUAAUGCAUGUCCGUUACGUCAAACAAUUACUGAUCAAACGCUUGCCAUUGAGAUAUUACUAAAUAUUAUACCAAAUGCAGAAUUAAUUGGGACAUAUUUCUUAAGGUCUGAAGAACUUUUUCCAGCAGAGCAAGAAAAAUGGGCUUACUUUUAUAGCAGCAUUGCUCGAAAGCGGCAAACUUCACCAAAUUUCAAAUCAUACUGGGCCAAAAUGCGUUCAUUUCGAGAAUUUCAACCGAAUUAUGCACAUCGUAGUUUAAACGCUACCUCAGAUGUUUCUGCAAUUAAUAUCGCAGAAUUAGGUAGUGGUAACAAUAUAACAGUGUGGAUUAAAACAGUUAGUGAUAAGGGUAUUUUAUCAUGGAACGUUUUUUCAAUUUUGUUAACCUCAACGAAACGACCAUCAUUUCCUCUUCUUCAGAUAUUCACUGAAAUGAAAGGAAUGAAAUCAUAUCUGUUAGAAUCCGAAAGUUACAAUAGCGACGAAGAAGGAAAAUCUGAUGAUCCAUUGGCAAUAGCUCAAAUAGGCCUGUUGAAUAAUCGUAACGUACCAGUUACAAUUUUUCACGGAUAUGGUGAAUUAAUUAAUGUUAUCUGGAAUGCUAAUGGUCAACCAAUGCUUCUUUAUGAUAAGAACCUAAUUUACCGCCAAUAUUAUGGUUAUAUACCAUUAAUGAGUGGAUUAUCACUAACAGUUGAUGUUAUUGGCACAAUAACAAUUGAUUUAUACGGUUCUGCAACAAUAAACUUCUGGAAUAGAGAUGUUGGGAUGAAAGUUAAUUCUACUAUAUCAACAAAACUUGAGGGAAGCAUAAAUUUGGCAUCUUCAAAUAAUUUAAUUGGAAAGGCAACAACAAUGGUAUAUGCAAGCGGUAUAGUAAACAUUCGAUUUGAUGCAGAUUUCUUUACAGUACCUCAUUUAUUUUGCAUAAGUGCUUCGCAUUCACCAAUUGUUAUCAAAUAUACGUAUACUUAUAGUACGAAAGCCGGAAAAGAGAAACGCUUAUGGCAUAACAUCAAGUUAUCCGGUUCCAGUUUAUGGUUGAGUAAGAAAUUAUCUGAUCAUUGUUCUUUGUUCGAAAAAUAA